AUGACCCUAGCUAUAAGAGAAAGCCCAUAUUUCACCAUAUUUCACUUACCAAUUGCAUAUCUUACGAAGAGAAAGCCCGGAGGAACAGAAGGAAUGUGGAAGCGAGAGAAAUUACUUGGAUGUGGAGGCCAAGCACAAGUUUUUCUAGCCUCAACCCUACCCCAAUCUUCUUCUUGUUCAUAUCUUCUUCCCCCAUUAAUUGCAGUAAAAUCAGUUGAUGCAGUCAAUUAUACCCCUCUUAUGAGAGAAUAUCAAAUCCUUGAAGAACUUGGUGGUUGUGAAAGCAUAAUCGAACACUAUGGUGUUGAACCAACAUUGGAGAAUGGUCAAACGAUUUACAAUAUCUUAUUGGAGUUUGCUGGAGGUGGUAGUUUAUGGAAUCAGAUUCAAACUUAUGGGGUUUAUGGAUUACCAGAAACACAAGUUAGACAUUACACCAAAUCCAUUAUUCUUGGUCUUAAGCAUAUACAUGAUCAUGGGUAUGUUCAUCGAGAUAUUAAACCUGAUAACAUCUUAAUUUGCAAGAAUAAUAUAGCUAAGAUCGCAGGUUUUGGGCAUUCCAAGAAAUUAAAUCCAUUUAAGAAGGAUACGAGGAAAAAUAAACGGUUCUUAAAAGGUACACCUUUAUAUAUGGCUCCCGAAACUGUUCUCCAUGGUGAGUAUGGAUCUAGUUGUGAUGUUUGGGCACUUGGGUGUGUUGUUUUGGAGAUGUUAACUGGGAAACAAGCUUGGGAUUUGCCACCCCAAACUGAAGAUGAAACUCUGUUCAGUUGCAUUACAUCAGAUAGCAAUACCCAUCAGCACCAAUGUGGGUUUCGGGCGAAGCCAGGGAUUUUAUGA